CCGGCUGGCUGACAGGAAGUGGGGCGGCUGCGGGGCGGCGCGGCCUGCGAGGGGCGCGAGAGGGAGCCGCGGAUGCCGCCGGAGGGCUGGACGGAGGAGGAGGCGAGGCGGGGCGCGUUUCUUGUCCAAAUGCCCAGAUGGCAGAAUAAGCCAAGAAGCAUACAAUUAGUGUUGGUAAUAGCAUCGAGCCAGAAAACAUAUAUACGCUCUUCUUUAAUUUUGCUGACUCGGUCUUCCAAGAAGGGAAAGAGAGAGAGAGAGAGAGAAGCACAGUUACUAAGUGCUAGAGGAAGAUAUCUCAGACUGUCCAGCGAAAAUCACAGUUACGUUAUCGAUGGUUCUCGUGGGCUAUAUAAAUGGUCAGGAUCAAAAAGUGCCCCCAACUGUACGAAAGGAAAUCCCAGAAGCUGAGAUCUUGGUGUUUCUUCGCACUUUAUGCGUCUCAGGAUUUGACGACACGUCUUCAGAUAAUUGCCUUUGGAAAAUGAAGGCAUUAUGAAUCGUUCGUGCUUGUGCGUUUAGACGAAUUGUCGUGAGCGUCAUGGACGCAAUACUUGACAGUUUAAACAAUAGCUGCAUGUGGUGAUGGAAGACAUAGUCAUUCUCGGAUUUGGGCUCUCUGCCGGGUUGCUCGAACAAGACGCGAUUUGGCGGGGGGAAAUGGCUUGCGUAGAAAUGGAUAUAUUUGGACUAUGGAGAGAACCGUUGUGAACCCUCUUUAAAACGAUGUCUCCUUGUGAGUAACACAAGCAAGAUAUGACCAAAAAUAUCAGCUGCUUAGUCGGAAGGCAACGAGAGGGCUCUAAGAAUGCCCAGAAGGGGUUUCCUGUUUCAAGCCAGGACUCGAUGGCUAUUGGUUGGUCUGGCUUUACUGUUGAGUUUAUUGCUGUUCAUGUAUUUUCUUGAAUGUGCCCCGCAAACAGACGUCAACAGAUCUCUUCCUGGCGUUAUCGGAGAGAAUUUUGGUAAAGAACAUUACCAAGCUCUUCUGCAGGAACAAGAAGAACAUUACCAAACGCGGGCUAUGAGCCUCAAGCGCCAAAUAGCCCAAUUGAAACAGGAACUUCAGGAAAUGAGCGAGAAGUUGAAAUUGUUGCAGGAGAAGAAAGGCCCCAAAGUCAGCAGCGUGGGCUACCCGGCCACCAAAGAACAGGCGCCCAACGAUCUCUUAGAGUACUUGCAUUCUCAGAUAGAUAAAGCAGAAGUGAGCGUAGGGGCCAAACUGCCCAGCGAAUACGGAGUCAUUCCCUUUGAGAGUUUCACUUCUUCGAAGGUGUACCAGCUCGAGAUGGGCCUGACGCGGCACCCGGAGGAGAAGCCGGUCAGAAAAGACAAGCGGGACGAGCUGGUGGAAGUCAUCGAAGCUGGCCUGGAGGUGAUCAACAAUCCAGAUGAAGAAGAUGGACAAGAUGAAGAUGACGGAAUAGGGGAGAGACAGCUUUACGGUGAAAAUGAUUUCGUGCAAGGUUAUUAUCGCUCCGAGAGAGACAAAGGGACGCAGUAUGAGUUGUUCUACAAGAAGGCCGAGGAUAUGGAGUACAGACAUGUCACCCUCUUCCGUCCAUUUGGACCCCUCAUGAAAGUGAAGAGUGAAACGGUUGACAUCUCCAGAUCAGUAAUAAACAUUAUUGUUCCCCUUGCCGGAAGGACGGAGGUGUUUGCCCAGUUCAUGCAAAACUUCAGGGAAGUGUGCAUUAAUCAGGACAAGCGGAUUCACCUCACUGUAGUAUAUUUUGGCCACGAGGGGCUUUCUGAAGUCAAGAGCAUCUUAGAGUCGGUUUCUAGAGAGACUAGCUUCCGUAAUUACACGCUUGUUUCCUUGAACGAAGAGUUCAAUCGCGGUCGAGGACUAGAUGUCGGUGCCAGAGCCUGGGAGAGGGGCGAAGUCUUGAUGUUCUUCUGCGACGUCGAUAUUUAUUUCACAGCGGAGUUCCUAAACAGCUGCCGUUUGAAUGCUGAGCCAAGCAAGAAAGUUUUCUAUCCUGUGGUGUUCAGCCUUUAUAAUCCUGCCAUUGUCUACGCUAACCAAGAUGUGCCACCCCCUGUGGAGCAGCAACUGGUGCACAAAAAGGACUCCGGCUUUUGGCGGGAUUUUGGUUUUGGGAUGACUUGUCAAUAUCGAACAGACUUCUUGACUGUUGGAGGAUUUGACUUGGAAGUCAAAGGCUGGGGGGGAGAGGACGUCCACCUGUACCGGAAGUACUUGCACAGCGAGUUAGUUGUGGUCCGGACCCCAGUGCCGGGCCUCUUUCACCUCUGGCACGAGAAGCACUGUGCCGACGAAUUGACUACGGAGCAAUAUCGCAUGUGCAUUCAGUCUAAAGCCAUGAACGAGGCGUCUCACUCCCACCUGGGGAUGUUGGUCUUCCGGGAGGAGAUUGAGACACAUCUACGCAAGCAGGCCUACCGGACUAACAGCGAAGCAGUCGGCUAAAGCAACCACCUGUUCAAGCCGAAGGACUCCAAAGUCGCUACGAACCAGCGUCGUUCUUAAAGCCUUAAUUAACUCCGUUUCUUUUUUAAACGCAGUGCCUCUCUCUCUUGCUGACGUUGAGUUCAAGAAUUUGUCUGGCCAGUUAAAUAAAUUUCACACUAGAUCAGACACUUGAGCGAAAGGGAGCGUUUUGUUUGUGCGCAGGGGCCGGGGAAGCAAGAGCGGAAUGUAAUAACUCUCCCAACCCUGUUUUUUUCCCCCCUUUAAAUGUUUUUCACUUCUCAGAUUUACAUUAACGCGACAGUAAGGAUUGAAAGUGAACAAAAACUGUUUCCCCCACAAGCCCGUGGCGGUUCCACACUGCUCAUUUCACUGUAGGGUUUGUUUUUUUUAAAAAAAAGAAAGGGGCUAUAUGUAUAAACUCCACGUCAAGAAUAAAAACAGGCAAAAGCCAAUGAAUACUACUAUACAGAAAUGUGGUUUGUUGUGCAAGUAGACUCGCUGAGGACGCCUUAUUAACUGUCAGGUACAUAAAUUAACAUACAAAAUAGGUUUGGGUUCUUUAGAAGAGGCGGCAGGUGAGUUGCUAGCGUGUGGUCAUGCUGUUCUUUACCAGACUGUAAAUGAACCGAGCUUGUAUGCUGUUUGCUUAAUCCUAGCUACUAGCCAAAUACUUUCUUUGCAUGUUUCAGGAUGUACAGAGAGAGAGAGAGACUGUUUUGAACACAAACGGGGUUCACUUCACUGCCUCAUUAUAAUGCUUCUGAUCUCCUUCAUUUGCAACUUGUCUCCAGGGUAAAAGGGAUUUGGAGAUAGGGACCGUUUAAGUAUUAGACAGUACCUGCCUUUUCCACUUCUGCCGGCCUGGGCCCAGUUUUCUUUCAUUUCUUUCAUUGCUGUUUUCUACUGCAGAGGGUACGAGAAUGCCUCUUGGAUGAGCCCCAUUGAAAUGAAGAGUAGCAAUCUAGGGGCAGGACUGUGUUUGUGUCGUCCCCCUCUGUCUCAAAGAAACACUGGAACCCUCGUGCCAGUUUUUUUGUUCCUCGACAAUGACAACAUACAGCUCCGGGUUUUGAACAACUGUUGACUGUUUGAGAGCAGUUCCAGACAUUGUUCCCUUUCUAACACACAGCUUUGCCUUUAUAUAGCAAUGUGGAGAACAGCGUGAUACGUCUGAAGGGGGAGAAUGGGAUGCAAGUUGGCUUGCUGUGUUCUCUUUAUAAAUAAAUUGAAUACCUGUGUAUUUCA